AUGAAUGAAGACCUGAAGGUCAAUGUAAGCGGGCUGCCUCGGGAGUUUGUAGAUGCCGGUGCCUCCGGGAACAUCUCUGCCGAGGUCUCCUCCCAGGUCCCUGUCCUGCAGCCGGAGCCGGACCUGGUGGUUAACCCCUGGGACAUUGUCUUAUGUACCUCGGGAACCCUCAUCUCCUGCGAAAAUGCCAUCGUGGUCCUUAUCAUCUUCCACAAUCCCAGCCUGCGGGCACCCAUGUUUCUGCUGAUAGGCAGCCUGGCGCUUGCAGACCUGCUGGCUGGCAUCGGACUCAUCGUCAAUUUCGUGUUUGCCUACCUGCUUCAGUCAGAGGCCACCAAGCUGAUCACCAUUGGACUCAUCGUGGCCUCUUUCUCUGCCUCCGUCUGCAGCUUGCUGGCCAUCACGGUUGACCGCUACCUCUCCUUGUAUUACGCCCUGACCUACCACUCAGAGAGGACGGUCACGUUUACCUACGUCAUGCUCUUCAUGCUCUGGGGGACCUCCAUCUGCCUGGGCCUGCUGCCGGUCCUGGGCUGGAACUGCCUGCGGGACGAGUCCACUUGCAGCGUGGUCAGGCCCCUUACCAAGAACAACGCCGCCAUCCUGUCCGUCUCCUUCCUCUUCACCUUCGCACUCAUGCUGCAGCUGUACAUCCAGAUCUGUAAGAUUGUCAUGCGACACGCCCAUCAGAUCGCCCUGCAGCACCACUUCCUGGCCACCUCGCACUACGUGACCACCCGAAAGGGGGUCUCCACCCUGGCCAUCAUCCUGGGGACCUUUGCUGCUUGCUGGAUGCCUUUCACCCUCUACUCCUUGAUCGCUGAUUACACCUACCCCUCCAUCUACACCUAUGCCACCCUCCUGCCCGCCACCUACAACUCCAUCAUCAACCCCGUCAUAUAUGCAUUCAGAAACCAGGAGAUCCAGAAGGCCCUCUGCCUCGUGUGCUGCGGCUGCAUCCCGCCUGGCCUGUCCCAGAGAGCGCGGUCACCCAGCGACGUGUAGCAGGCUCUCCACCUAGGAGGAGCCUGCGGGAAUUUACCAAGCACUCCCACUGCCUGGCCAGACCGUUGAGAUGCACUCCUUCCAUCCUUUCUGCUGGAGUCUCUCUCGAGCCACAGGAGCACUUUGAAGCAUUCACUUAGAUGAGUUAAGUGCUUGAAGUGAAAAUAAUUUCACCAGUGUUUUCACCUUUUUAAAAGCAAUUGAGUUCUUUGCUCAAUAUUAUUUUGUUUUGUUUGGGAUGGGUUUCUUUUUUUUUUAAGUAUUUUAUUUGAAGGCGGGGCUUAUGCUUUUUUGUUGUUUGGAGGAUUGAUAUUGUCAGGGGAAAGGAAGGAGUGUAACAUGGCCAUGAAAUUAUGGAAGGUAAACUGGUUCCAGAGUUUUUACCUGGACUUUAAAAUAAAACUGAAUUAUUGAGGAAAUUGAAGAAAGUACUUUUUCCAGACCUUCUUUUUUAAAACUUCAAGGUAGAUUUUUUUUUAAUGCUGCAUGGAUCUAACAGAAUACAAUCACCCUGAAGCCAAUAGUCUAUGUGAUUAUGUUAUGGAUUUUCUUAACAUGAACUGAUUUUAUUCAUGUGAACUCAGUCGUGAGUUACCAACACUGAAACCAUAAACUCAUUUUUAUUCAUUCUUUCUUUACUUUCAGCAGUUGCUGUUGACAAGAGUUAUUUUGGCAUUUCUAUGACUGUUGUUAACUCUUUCUGCAUGGCUGCCUGUGUCAGCUAGACCACUAGUUUCAAAUGUUGCCAUGUAAAUCCAGAACCAGAUGAGUCACUCUUCAAUACAGUUUUUCAAUAUGACCUUCUAAAAUGAAAUAUGAAAUGUGUUGUGAUUUACGUACAAAGUAGGACUGAUUAGGUAUA